AUGCGUGGCAGCACUGGGGAAGCAGCAUGGCAAAAAGCAUGCGGGGCCAGACAGACGAUCGGCAAUGACCGCGUGGCAUGGAAUCUGCUGUUUGCCACGGGCCAUUUGCACCAGGUCAGCGGAGUAGGAAUCCGCAUGGCUGGUGCUGGUGCCUGCAGGCUGACGCAUCGCCGCCCACUCCAGCAGAUGAGCAGCCGGUACCGUAGCCAGUUGGGUAGGUACUGUAUUUUCACCUCGGAUGACAAGAUGGAUACCGCCUGGCAUGAGCUCGUAACCACUGAUGAGGAACCGUGGGCAGUUUUUAGGGCCGACGGGCUGGGAUAA